CAUCAAUCAAAACAGAGAACUCGAGAGAUACAAUAUAUUCAUUGAUAAGCCAUCAAGCAUAAGAUGCAUCUGGCUUUCCACUGGAUUCCCUUUUUCCUUUUAGCUGUCUUGAGCUUGAAUUUUAUCAAGAAACGGAAGAAAAAAUCCAAUCAUGAAGCUAAUGAUGCCAUCAAGAAGAAGCUGCCACCAGGGCCAAGGAAGCUACCCAUCAUUGGAAAUAUGCAUCAUUUGAUGGGUUCACUUCCUCAUCAUGCUCUCAAAAAUCUAGCCCAAAAACAUGGUGAUUUGAUGCAUCUUCAGCUGGGAGAAAUUUCAGCCGUUGUUGCAUCUUCUCCUAGUAUGGCGAAAGAGAUUCUGAAAACACAUGAUCUCGCUCUUGCAAACCGUCCUGAAUUUUUAGUCGGGAAGAUCAUAUUGUACAACUACUCGAGCAUUGUAUUUGCCCCAUACGGUGAUUACUGGAGACAGAUGCGAAAAAUAUGUGCUUUAGAACUUCUUAGCCCUCAAAGUGUUCGAUCCUUCGGUUCAAUUCGCCACGACGAGGUUUUAAGACUCGUUUCAUCAAUUCAGGAAGAAGUACUGAUGCAAUCACAACAUGGUAUAAAUUUGACGGGAAAGAUUUUUUCAUACACGAGUUCGAUGGUUUGUAGAGCGGCAUUUGGUCGCACAUUUGGGCAGCACCGGGAGAAACUAGUGGAGCUACUGAAAGAAGUGUUGUCGCGGGCGAGUGGGUUCGAUAUAUCCGAUCUUUUUCCAUCCUGGAAAAUCCUUCAUCACUUAAGCUGGAUAAAACCCAAAUUGGUGGAAGUGCACAACAAGUUUGAUGAGAUUUUGGAUUCCAUAAUUCAAGAACAUGUUGAGAAUCCAACUGGGAGAAAUGGCGAGUUCGGACAAGAAGAUCUGAUUGAUGUUCUACUUAGAAUCAAACGAAGUGGCGAGCUUCAGUUCCCAAUUACCAACACUAAUAUCAAGGCUAUAUUAAUUGAUAUAUUUGUAGGGGGGACUGAAACUUCAGCAACUGUGGUGGAAUGGGCAAUGGCGGAGCUGAUUAGAAACCCUAAAGUACUGGCAAAGGCACAAGCUGAAAUAAGGGAAACCUUAUUAGCGGAAAAGAGAGUUAUCGAAGAAAUUGAUAUUCAAAAAUUGAGUUACUUAAAAUUAGUAAUUAAAGAAACUCUAAGGCUUCAUUCUCCUGUGCCUUUAUUAGUUCCUAGGGAUUGCAAGGAGCAAUGUGAAAUUGACGGAUAUAUCAUCCCUCCGAAAACAAGAGUUAUGGUUAAUGUUUGGGCGAUCGGAAGAGAUCCAAAGUAUUGGAAUGAUCCGGAAAGCUUCCAACCGGAGAGGUUUGAGAGCAAUUCGAUUGACUUUUUGGGAAAUGACUAUAGGUUUAUACCAUUCGGUGCUGGGAGAAGAAUGUGUCCAGGAAUGUCAUUCGGUCUAGCUAAUGUGGAGGUUCCGUUAGCUCAUUUAUUGUACUACUUUGAUUGGAAACUCCCAAACAAUAUUAAGUGUACCGAAUUAGAUAUGACCGAGACUCAUGGAGUAACCAUUGCAAGGAAAAAUCACCUUUUCUUAGUUGCUUCUAUGUACGAAUCCCUUGGAAAGCUUUAAGUGACAUGUAGCUGUAAUUGGUUUCAAUUAUUAUGUAUCAAUUAUGUUUGAUUUUGUAAAUGUAAAUUAUUUACGGCAGAGGGAUGAACAAAAUCCAUUGGUGUGAAAAGCUAGCUACAAAUAAACCUCCAUUGCUUUUUUUGUCUUUUUGAGUUUAUUCUAAAGCUGUGUAUACUAUCCUUACCCAUUAUUCCCAAAC